AUGGGUUCUUGCCGCGCCUCGACAGCAUCGGGCAAGAGUGCCGACGUGGUGGCUCGACCAACCGCACGGAAAUCCACGCCCGACGGCCGCGGGUUUCACUUUGUUGUGGACGUCGGCGGCGCCGCGGCCACGCUCGGCCCGUCGCUGCAGGCCAUCCGAACUGACGGCAUCCUUUCGCUGGUCGGCGUCCUCGACGCAGGCAACACCAGUGCCGACACCAAGGUCGACAUGCUGGCCGCAUUGUGGACCCUCUGCACGGUGCGUGGUGUUGUCCUCGGCUCCAAGGCCAUGUUUCGGGACAUGGUCGCUUUUUGUGAACGGCACAAUGUCCACCCGGCCCUGGACGACGUUGCGUUCCCUCUGGCGGACACAGUUGCCGCGUACAGGCGCGUCGAGGAGCAAAAGCACUUUUCCAAAGUCGUAAUCCAAAUUCGGUAG